AUGUACAUCGAGACAUCAUGGCCGCGUAGGCCUGGUGACAAUGCACGCUUGAACUCCCCCAUCUUGAAGAGUACCUCAUCAAACUGCUACCUGAGAUUCUACUAUCACAUGAAAGGAAAUCACAUUGGCAGCCUUCUAGUGCGCAAGCGGACAAGUUAUUACGCAGGUGGUUUAUCAAGUCCUCUGUUGAACGUGACAGGAGCUCAGGGCGAUUUCUGGUACCGUGCCUUAGUGCAAAUACAAUACAGUCAACAAGACUUUCAGUUUGUGAUUGAAGGAGUUCGUGGAAAUGGUUAUCAGGGUGAUAUAGCCAUUGAUGAUGUCUCUUUGACACCAGGC